AUGGCUGCAAAAUUUUAUUUACCUGAAGAUUGUUGGGAACAUGUCUUAAGAUUGCUCGGAUACAACACCGAUGGGGAAGACCCCUACAAAUAUGUCUCCCUCGUUUCCAAAAAAUUCUUGUCCAUUACCAACCGUCUCCGAUUCUAUCUCUCUGUAGAAGAUCAUCACACACUCCCUCUCCUCCAUCGUCUCUUCCAUAGGUUCACCAAUAUCACCAUCCUUGACCUCUCAUCCUACAAUGGUAACCUCAAUGCACUUCUCUGUAAAAUCUCUCUUUUUCCAUUGAAAAUCACAUCCCUUGAUUUAUCUGACCAACCCACGAUUCCCGCUAAAGGCUUGCGAUAUUUCUCCCAAAAAAUUACAACUUUAACCUCUCUAACAUGUUCUUACAUUGAUGCAAUCGAUUACACUGACCUGAUCCUCAUGGCGGAUUGUUUCCCCAACUUGGAGGAUCUUGCUUUGAAUGAUUGCGAUGACAUAUCUGAAGAAGGUAUUAGUCAUGUUUUAAGGAGAUGUUGUAAGAUGACACAUUUGAACUUAGAAGGCUGUUCUGAUUUGAAAAUGACGAUAAACUUUGAAGUUCCUAAACUCAAGGUGUUGGAAUUGUCAAGCACAAGAGUUAACGACGACGCACUCUUUGUAAUCUCGAAGACUUGUCGUGGAAUUUUGCAACUAUCACUGAACGAUUGUGAUGAUGCAUGUCACAGAGAAGGGAGUUAA